CCAGUUCUCGCGCUGCGAGCGUCAAGUGCGGUUGUCUCCACGUCGCUCUCACCAAAGUUUCCGCGCGAAAGUUUUCACGUAAAUAAAAGUGACAAGAUAAUUUUACAAUAGUGUCAAAACAGUGUUUGUAUUAUUAAGAUUUGUGUAAAAGUGGGCCUUCCGACUUAUGACCGACAUUUCGAUUUGUAUAACACCAAGAAAUGCCGCCAACGUAAAAACAAAACAAUGUGAAAAUAUGAAUUGACCACAUGAUUUCAACAACCAACUACACACACACAGUGACACAUGUGAACACACUACAAUACGACUGUAGAAACAUAACAUAUAACUACAAAAAUGCAACACAUAACUGCACCUUCGAAACUGGUGAAGAAUACGACCAUCACGGCUUUGGGAAGACGAACUUCUCCAAUGCGACAUACGCGAUGUCGAACGACAAUUUUACGGAGUACGCAGAAAUUCCGUAUUACAUAAAAGCGACUUCUAUGACUUUCUGUAUAGUGAUAAUGUGUCUUGGUGUGAUAGGGAAUGUGAUGGUCCCAAUAGUGAUACUAAAGACUAAGGAUAUGAGGAACUCGACGAAUAUUUUUCUGGUGAACUUGAGCAUUGCGGAUUUGAUGGUCCUGUUGGUUUGUACGCCGACUGUGCUGGUCGAGGUCAACUCGAAGCCGGAGACUUGGGUGCUUGGGAAGGAGUUAUGUCUGGCAGUACCCUUCGUGGAGCUGACAGUGACUCACGCAUCAGUCCUCACAAUCCUAGCCAUCAGCUUCGAGCGAUACUACGCCAUCUGCGAACCCUUGCGAGCUGGGUACGUCUGCACAAAGACGAGAGCAACCCUCAUUUGCGCGCUGGUCUGGUUCUUCGCGGCACUGUUUACCAGUCCAAUCCUGGCCAUCGCCGAGCACCACACGAUCACUCGCGGUGACGGCUCCUCUUACACCCAGUGCCUCACGCAAGCCGUCACCUACUGGCAGAUCACAUUCUUCAUCGCCAUCAUCAUUCUUCUCUACGUUCUACCUCUUAUCAUCCUCAUAGUAUUAUACAGCGUUAUAGCCAAAAAUCUCAUCACGGCCGCUUCUAAAGUAGUCAUGAACAAAACCGUUGAUCCGUACAACACUAGAGCUAGGAAACAAGUUAUUUUAAUGCUUGGAACUGUUGUGUUAUGUUUCUUUUUAUGUCUCAUGCCUUAUAGGGCCCUUACUCUAUGGAUCAUCAUCACCCCCGCCGAAUUCUACGAUGAUGUUAGCCCAGAAAAGUGGUACAACAUACUUUAUUUCGCAAGGGUCAUGCUUUACAUAAAUUCGGCGAUCAAUCCUAUACUUUACAAUUUGAUGUCUUCGAAAUUUCGUAUCGGGUUUUGUAAAGUAUGCGUGUGUUAUAAAAGAAAGUUAGAAGAUAAGACAAGAAGGGCUCAGAGGACUAUUACAAACGGAUCCACAACGAGUAGCAGUUUGACACGAACUACAAACAGUUUGAAGAAACUUUUCAGUCAGCGCAGCAGUAUCGACCGUACUGACACAGAAUCUGAGAGUAAAGAAGAAAUAGAGAAAGGUCUAUUUGACAGAAUAUUUACGAACAAAACAUUUGUCAGACAGCAAUCGGCUCCCGUUUGCUCAAACACGAAUACAAAGCCGAUUAUAAACAGGAUGAGGAGUGAAGGAAACAUUGAGAUAACUGAAGUAGUUGACGUAGAACAUAAAAUUGAUCCAAUAGAUAGUAGCAAGUUUAUCGGUCAUUCCAAUAGUAAAAAUAUUAGGUCAGACAGUGAUGUUGACAAUUCGGGAAGAAGUCACUCUUUGAGACGGAGUGUCUUGAUCAACAGUGCCAAAGCAAGAAGUAUGGAUUGCGAGAAGAAGGUGUCUUAUCAAAAAGUCAAAGUGGAUUGCGUUGUGGCUUUUCAGAAGUCCAAAAGUGUCCCCAUCCUUGCCGUGGCUACCUUCACGUAUGAAGAUUACGAGGACGGCACUCAGGUCCCCGUCUGCCUCACGCAGGCCGACACCUUCUGGUCAGCUCUCUUCUUCAUCCUGACCAUCGCAGUCUUCUUCAUCGUGCCUCUCGGCGUGCUUCUAGUCCUCUACAGCGUCAUUGCCAAGAACCUCAUGGAAAACCCCGUCAUUAUAGCACAGAAUACUAAGAAUACUAAUAACACAGGCAAUGUUGUACGUUACAGAAAGCAGGUCAUUCUCAUGCUUGGAACAGUUGUCUUAUCAUUCUUCCUCUGUCUUCUUCCGUUCAAAGCCCUCACGCUAUGGAUCAUCGUAUUCCCACCAGAGACAAUAAUGUCAUUAGGUAUAGAUGGUUACUAUAUACUUUUGUAUUUUUGUAGAGUAAUGCUGUACUUAAAUUCGGCGAUAAAUCCAAUAUUAUACAAUUUGAUGUCGUCCAAGUUUAGGGAAGGAUUCGUCAAGCUGUUAAAGAUAAAUAAGUUGAUGAGGUGUAGUCGCACGUUGAGAGAAACGAUGCAAAGACGUGAUACGUUCAACACAACAACCUCUACAGGAUUCUCUAGCAGUCAGAAUACUUCAGACUCAUUUUGGAGGAGAUAUAGCAAUAGAACAUCUUCCCAAAAAAUUUUCGUCAACAGAGAAAGUAAAAAAGUCAAAGAAGAAGUUCAACAAAUGAAAGUAGGUGAAAUUAUAAACGUGGAGAAUACAAGACGUAAUAGUAUGAAAAUGAUAGCAGCUAUUAAUGAGACAGAUAACGAGACAUACGCCGACGUACACGAUAAUCAUUAUUCUAAUGAACUAGCGAUAGACACUGCCAAUGAGAACAAUAAACAGAUACAAAUACUGAACCUAGAUGUUAAAACUAACAAUGUGUAUUCAAUAACUUUAGACGUAAGCGAUUCUGUGGAGGGUAGAAAUAAGUUCGUUUGUAUACCAACACUUGAUAGAGAGAAUAAUAUAUUUAUAUACGAUUACAGAACUAAGGAGAGCUUUGUAUGAAAUGUUUUGUUUGAUAAUGUAUUUGGCUGGGAGCCAGACUAUUAUGUGCAUUUACUUAGGCAAACAUUGUAUGACGAUUGAAUGUUACAUCACUGGUCUUAGAUUAUAUUGUAAUAAUCCUGCCAUCCUUCUUAAUUCUGACAUGACAAAUGUGAAUGAAUAUGCUUGGUAUUGUUUCAUUGCCAACUUAAACAAUGUUUCAUAUCUAGCUAGGUUGAACCCAUUCAAUUCCAAGCACUGUUUGAUUGUUCGGGUAUUUUAAGAAUGUAAAUCUUCAAAGCUUUAUCAAUCGAACAUUAACUUUCCAUUAUUGUAAUAAGAACUGAGGUCUGUAUAAGAUUCAGCUACUGUUACAGCCUUUUUAUCGUCCCACUGCUGGGCACAGGCCUCCUCUCACACGGAGAAGGGUGGAGCAUUAAUCACCACGUUUGCUCAAUGCGGGUUGGUGAUUUCACACUAUAUAUAGUCUAGUCAAGAUAUGUAUAGUCUAUGUAUAGUCAAGAUUCAGCUACAAUACCAGGAAACCCCGAAUAGCCAAAUAUGCAUAUAAGUAAUUCUUACGCACAUUCCUAUUAAUACCAGAUCAAUUUCGUCAUAGUAAUUAUUAAAGAGGACCUAUUAAACGGGUGUCGAUAGCAAUCAAAGGCCUUUGACAGAUCGCUUUGUUUCUAGAGUGCGUUCCAAUUUCACACACAAUUUGCGCGCACAUUAAUUAGGUUUCGGUACAGGCCUUUCGAUAAAUUAGCCCAUAAAUUCAAGGUACCCUUGCUAGUUAUUUGUUUUCGGAAGUAAGAGAUUGGUAAAAGGAGGACCUAAUAUUGUUGGAGACGAUAUACCUAAGUAAAAGCUAAUACGUUAAAAAUCUAAGAGAUAGUGAAUUGAAAUAAUUUUGAAGGUUUCUGAUCCAGUUUCAGAUUAAUAUAGUACACAAAUUCUUAAUUACUAAUACAUUGUAACUGGGAAAAUAAUUCUACUAGUUUAAGAAGAGCCCUGUCCCUUGCAGUGGGACAGCAAAAAAUGCUGAUGAUGAUGAUGAUAAAAUGUCACCAAGCCGGACUACGACGACCUCUGUGGCGCAAUGGUCACCAAGCCGGACUGCCGAAUCUGAGGUCCCGGGUUCGAUUCCCGGUUCGGUCGACAUUUGUGUGAUGAGCAUGCUUGUUGGCCGUGGUCUGGGUGUUACAAUAUGUAUUUAUAAAUAUGUAUAUGUGUAGCUAUAUGUAGUUUAUCAGUUGUGUUA